UGUCUCCAGGUGAUCAUCAGCCUGAAGUCCUGGAUGGUGCUUUCCUUAACUUCACCCAAGGCCUAGUUCCCAUGGGUUCCCAUGAGAACGUGGAUGGCCCAGUGGUAGAAGUGCUAGCUUAUGGAGUCAGGCCGGACCUCAGCGGAACAAUGAGCCAAGUGGAGCUGCUCUGGGCUGCGGCCUCACUGAUGCUGCUGGGGGCUCUUGUGAGCAUGUGUAUGAAGUGUCAGCAUUCUGCUACUAAACGGGAAAAGAAGCUGUGCAAGCAGAGGAAACUGCAUGAAAACCAGCAGAGAUUUGAGGUGAUACGAUCCUAUUCAAUUGCAGUGACAAGGCAAGAUCAAAUUAAAUUGCCAGACAACAUCCCAGUAACAAGGAAAACCAGUGAGCGACUGCAGGCCCCACACAUUGAUGAUGACAGUGCUGAGCCCAGAUAUCAAAAUUUCAGGAGAGAAGACAACAGGAAUUGGAUGCUGCCUUGUGUAAGUCACAACCCUAUAGCUACAGAUUACUACAACUGUGGGACAUUCUUGAGACCACCAAAUGAAAAGGAAGAGGAUUCCUGUUCCUAUCAAAAUGUUGUGAUCGGGGCAUCCAAUAGCACUGAGUCUGAUGAUGUGGAGGACUAUGAGAAUAGUCGAUCUAUAAAGAUAUGGCAACAAUCAAUAUAAUCUGAAAGCCCAGAUGAUUAUCCAGAUUACGUUAACUCAGAUGUUGCAGCCAUGCCGAACUAAAGGUACCUUCCCUAUAAUCUGAAAAAAAAAGUUGUCGCAAAGUUGCAGAAGCUUGUAUUGUUUUGAAGACUGCUACACACACAGUGGAAAGGGGUUCUUUGCUUCACAAGUGUAAUGGAAUCACCUGUUCUCCAAACCCUGCCAAAAGUCGUUAACUAACUUAAAGGACAUGGAUGCACACUGCUGAAAGUAAAUGGACUGGAUCCAGAAGUCCCACAAAAAUAACUGGAAAA